UCAUUUCAACACCAAAGCAACUUUGUACUAUUAAAAAAAUGGGAAGUACUACAAAAUUAUCUUGCUUGAUACUAUGUUUACUAGCUUUCUUUCUUGGAUCCAAAGCUCAGCAAUGUGGUAGACAAGCUAAUGGAGCUGUUUGUGCGAAUAGGCUAUGUUGCAGCCAAUUUGGUUAUUGUGGCAACACUGCUGAUUACUGUGGAGCUGGUUGUCAGAGCCAGUGUACUUCAAACCCGACACCGACACCAACAACACCAACACCUAGUGGUGGUGAUGUUGGAAGUCUUAUUUCUUCUUCGAUGUUUGAUGAAAUGCUUAAAUAUCGAAAUGAUCCACGGUGUGCUGCACGUGGAUUUUAUUCCUACGAUAGUUUCAUAACUGCUGCUAGAUCUUUUAACGGAUUUGGUACUACUGGUGAUGAAAACACCCGUAAGCGCGAAGUUGCUGCUUUCUUAGGUCAAACUUCUCAUGAAACUACAGGAGGGUGGCCAACUGCACCUGACGGUCCAUACGCGUGGGGAUAUUGCUUUGUGAAUGAACGCAAUCCCCCGAGUGACUAUUGUUCACCCGGAACUUGGCCAUGUGCUCCUGGUAAAAGAUACUACGGCAGAGGACCAAUUCAACUCACUCACAACUACAAUUAUGGUCCAGCCGGUAGAGCCAUUAAUCAAGAUUUGAUAAACAAUCCGGAUUUAGUGUCCUCAAACCCAUCUGUGUCAUUCAGGACAGCCCUAUGGUUUUGGAUGACCCCACAGGGAAACAAACCAUCAAGCCAUGAUGUGAUUACUGGAAGAUGGACGCCAUCUGAUGCUGACAGGUCAGCAAGGAGGGUACCCGGAUAUGGCGUGAUCACCAACAUAAUCAACGGCGGGCUUGAAUGUGGACGCGGUCAGGAUCCUCGGGUCGAAGACCGGAUCGGGUUUUAUAAAAGAUAUUGUCAAUUGUUGAGAACGACUACCGGUGAUAACUUGGAUUGCUACAAUCAAAGGCCAUUUGCUUAAGCCAAUUACCUAUGUUAAUGUUAUAAUAGAAAGUAAUAAAGGGAUGUUGUUCAAUAAAAAAACGUAAUAAAGGAAUCACAGUGAAUGAUCCUACAUGUAACCGAAAUCUUCUUGCUCAAUAAAACAACUUCUAUAUAGUUUUAUGA